AUGAGGACAUUCGUCAGAGCAUGGACGAUCUUUUUACUGGUGAAACUCUCAUACGCCGGAAAAACGGUGGACGUGCUGACAUCCAACAGCCUGAACACAUUGGAGGAGGAAGAGAUUCUUCGAGUUCUAUCACGGAAUAAGACCACGUCUGUGAACAAUUUCACGCUGAUCGAGCUAAUCGAGGAUGGGAGGAAUCAUACGAAUGGGAGAAACAAGGACACGUGGCGCGCUCAGAAGCUGGGGCUUUCCCAUGUUAACCCUUUUUACAAUGAUUUUUCCGAGGAAAUUGAUCGAGAAGCAAGGAGAUUGUUGCAGAUCCUUACAGCAUUCGAUCCUGGAGUUGGACGAGUAAGUCCAGAAUGCAAAAGGCAUGCAGACAUUUUUCACCAGGAACUCGCGAAAUUUUCUUUAUGGGCCCUGAAAAUGUACGAUGCAACAGCAAAAAUACCGUCUGGUCUACUAAACGGAAAUGUAAAUCAAUUUGGCGACUUUGACGAAUGUGUCGGAAUUCAAGGAACUGAAGGCAUUCAAGGACAAUACUGCUUAGCUUAUUUGAAGCUGAGCAUUGAUGAAUCGCGACUAGAUCUGAAGCAUCUUCAUAGACUGCUGCAUUCUCAUUACGCUUUCAGAAGUAACAUUAGUGAUCCUGGACAUCGGGUACCUCGGUUUAGUAUAGUAAACUGGGCAGUUUGUACACCAGCAUCAUGUAGUUUUAAAGAUGUUGAAACAUCUAUUCAUGACAUUCUUACAAGAUAUACUUCACAAACUGGUUUGAAGAUUACAGUGAAGGUGAAUGAAGAAAUGUGCCAAAUAAAAAGAAAAGAAUCUGUACCAAAUGAAACUAUGUUUAUUAGUUUAUUCUUCAUGGCUAUAUUUGCAUUAACAAUCAUAGCAGCAUGUUAUGAUCAUUACAAAAUACCAGCAAAUGAACUACUUUUAUCAUUUUCUUUAAAACGUAACUUCAAAAAACUUGUAUCAUUAGAACGAAGGCAAAGUGAUAUAGCUACACUUCAUGGUGUAAGAGCUAUAAAUGCUAUAAUGUUGCUUUUAGCUCAUAAAAGCAUGGCUCUCUUUUUUAAUCCUUAUACAAACAGAACAGAAAUGAGUGAGUAUCUUGGUAAACCAUGGACAGUCAUAGGAAGAGCUGCUAGCCUUUACACAGAUCCAUUUAUAAUGCUUUCUGGUCUUUUAACAUCGUAUUCUUUUAUUGGAAAAUUAAAAAAAACUGGCAAUUUGGAUAUUAAAAAUGAAUACUUGUCUCGUUUAAUCAGACUAGUGCCACCUUUAGCAACCCUGAUGUUGUUUUGUACUUAUGUGAUACCUUAUAUUGGUUCUGGACCACAGUGGAACUUAGUGAUAACUGAACAUGCCAAUAUUUGUAAAAGAACAUGGUGGAGAAAUUUUCUAUUCAUCCAUAAUUAUUUUGGAUUUGAAUCUAUGUGUCUUACACACACUCAUCACUUAGGUAUAGAUACUCAACUAUUUAUUCUUUCACCUUUAAUGGUACUUCUCCUCUAUAAGAAACCAAAGACUGGAACUAUUGUUCUUGUUAUGUGUGCUUUAUUUUCAACAGCACUUCGCUAUUUCGUAACAUAUUACAAAGAAUUAAAUAAUUAUGUUUUCUUUGGUACAUCAAUAAAACAAUUAUUUGAUACUGCAAAUUUUUCAUAUACUUUACCAUCACAUAGACUUACAGUUUAUAUAAUAGGGAUCUUUAUGGGUUACUUAUUAAGACAUUUACCUAGUGAUUAUAAAGUGAGCAAAACAGUUCUAUAUACAGGUUGGAUUACCUGCAUAAUAAUGUUCUGUUGUGCAUUUUUUGGACCUGCACGUAUGGGGUCUAUAGAUUAUGUAUAUAAUCCAAUAGAUGCAGCGAUGUAUAAUGCAUUUGCUCCUAUUGGUUGGUGUGCCAUUUUUGCAUGGGUAACUGUGAUGCACCAUACUGGAAAUACAAAUGGUUGGUUCAGUAGAUUUUUAGCAUGGAAAGGAUUUCUUAUUACUACAAGGCUGAGUUAUGCAUUAUAUUUAACACAAUUUCCAAUUUACUUUUACAAUGUGGGAAGAACUCGAAGUGCUGAACAUUUUGCAUUCUUUAGCAUGCAAUUCAACUUAAAUGAAUUUUUAUGGAUUAUUAUUUUAUCAAUAAUUCUUACCUUACUGGUUGACACACCAUUCCAAAAUAUUAAAAAUUAUUUAAUGAAAAAAUCUUCAGUGCCAGAAACAACGACGAAGUCGUUGAAAUUGCAAUAA